AUGUGCUCCAUGUGCCCGAGAAAGUACCGACACACGUGUUGGACCGUGUUGAGGUACACCACCAUGCGUCGAAUGUCUUGUCUCUGCCUCAGGUAA